AUGAAGGCCCAGUUUAUGAGCCUGUGGGAUGGGCUGGAGACUGGGGCAAGCAGCCCGGUACCUCCACCAACUCACCUCCAUAGUUAGAUUUGUCCUAUUUGCUCUUACAUUAAAUGGAAAUGUUUAUUAUUCUCUGUCAGUGUGUAUUGAGUAUUGGCCCUUGGUCUAAUGUCUUACUUUAGAUCUUAGGUUGUGCUUGUUGUACAGUUAGGUAAUGUUCUGGUAUUGUUCUUGCAGGUGAUGGUGAUGGGGGCCACCAAUAGACCACAGGAUCUGGACCCAGCUAUACUGCGCAGGAUGCCCACCACCUUUCACGUGGGCCUACCGGUGAGACACACACACACUACAACUUGGAUGUGGCCUGAACAUGUAUGUGGCUUGAACAAGUAUGUCAGUUUAGUUGUGGAUGCGCUCUCUGAUGAUCAAGUUGUCAUGUAAAAACCUGUGUUUCUCAUUGUCAUGUACUUCUAUAGAUCACAAGACAGAGGGCAGAGAUCCUGAAGUUGAUCCUGGCAGGAGAAAAUGUAAGUAAACAUUUUCUCUUGUAUUCUUUGUUUGCUCCCAGAACUAGCCUGUUUCUAAACAUAAACCUUGGUGCAUUCCAAUGACAGCUGUUACAAUGACAUAAAAACCAAACCAAUAUUGAUUAUUUAUCAUGCAACCAUACUCACAGUAUUUUCCCCUCUCCUCCUCAGCUAAGCAAUGCCAUUAAUCUGAAGGAGAUAGCAGAGAAGUUGGAGGGUUCAUCAGGGCAGUGA